ACACGCAAAGGCUAUGAUCAAAAUUCAAAACUGUGAGGAGGGAAACACGUGCAUACGGAGAGCCGUUGGAGCCGACGAGGGGCAAAUUAAGGAUUUUGGGAGACAUUUAUCGUCUCUGUCUUUCUUCUUCUUCCUUUUAUUCAACUUUAGAAUCCAUUCUUGCAAAAUCAGAAACCUCUUCUUCAAAGUCUCCAAUCCUCCAACUGGAAGGUUUAGUAUGGAAAAGUACGAGAAGCUUGAGAAAGUGGGGGAAGGGACUUAUGGGAAGGUGUACAAAGCCAAGGACAAGACGACUGGGCAGUUGGUAGCCCUCAAGAAAACACGCUUGGAAAUGGAUGAGGAAGGUGUUCCCCCUACUGCUCUCCGUGAGGUGUCCCUCCUCCAGAUGCUCUCCCAGUCCCUCUAUGUGGUCCGCCUGCUGUGUGUUGAGCAUAUUGUUGAUGGCAACAAAAAGAAUGGUGGCAGUGGCAAUGGCAAGCCCCUCCUCUACCUUGUCUUUGAGUACCUUGACACUGACCUCAAGAAGUUCAUUGACUCCCACCGCAAGGGCCCCAACCCCAGGCCACUCCCACCUACCCUCAUUCAGAGCUUCCUCUUUCAGCUCUGCAAGGGCGUUGCCCACUGCCACAGCCAUGGUGUACUCCACCGGGAUCUCAAACCCCAGAACCUCCUUGUUGAUAAGGACAAGGGCAUUCUAAAGAUCGCUGAUCUUGGACUUGGCAGGGCUUUCACUGUCCCUCUCAAAAGCUACACUCACGAGAUCGUCACCCUCUGGUAUAGAGCUCCAGAAGUUCUCUUGGGAUCCACACAUUACUCCACUGCUGUUGAUAUGUGGUCCGUUGGUUGCAUUUUUGCUGAGAUGGUAAGAAGGCAAGCCUUAUUUCCUGGGGAUUCUGAGUUUCAACAACUGCUCCAUAUAUUCAGGCUGCUAGGGACACCUACGGAGAAGCACUGGCCUGGAGUUUGUUCGCUACGUGAUUGGCAUGUGUACCCCCAGUGGGAGCCCCAGAACUUGUCACGAGCUGUUCCAUCAUUGGAACCUGAUGGUGUUGAUCUUCUCUCUAUGCUUAAAUAUGAUCCAGCUGAGAGAAUAUCAGCCAAAGCUGCUCUAGAGCACCCAUUUUUUGACAGCCUGGAUAAGUCUCAAUUCUGAAGCUGUAUAUUGCUUCUAAGAGCUUGAUUUUAUGACAAUCAAGUCAGAUGUACUUUUAGAUUGAAGAGAUUGUCAUCAUCUUGGUGAUUGAAAAACUUGUCAUAUGAGAUAGGCAUGUGGUGUUCUAUCUUUUGUGGUUGACCAGUGAAGAAUCAUAGUUCCUAGUCUGUUUUUGUUAUUUCAAAUUGUCUUUGCAAUUGGUUGGAAUCAGUAUACCCAGUUGUUAGAAUAUGAUCAAAGCUUAUUGUAUUUAAACCGGGAUUUCCUUUUCCGAGCUCUUCCAUGAUCCAAGAAGCGCAAGGUUGUGGUACAUUAGGCAAAGCCGAGGUUGCUUCUGA